AUGGGUAAAGGUAAACCAAGAGGUCUUAACUCUGCUAGAAAAUUAAGAGUUCACAGAAGAAACAACAGAUGGGCUGAUCAAGCUUAUAAAGCUAGAUUAUUAGGUACCGCUUUCAAAUCUUCUCCAUUUGGUGGUUCAUCUCACGCCAAAGGUAUCGUUUUGGAAAAAAUUGGUAUUGAAUCUAAACAACCAAACUCCGCUAUUAGAAAGUGUGUCAGAGUUCAAUUAAUUAAAAACGGUAAGAAAGUUACUGCUUUCGUUCCAAAUGAUGGUUGUUUGAAUUUUGUUGAUGAAAAUGACGAAGUCUUAUUGGCUGGUUUCGGUAGAAGAGGUAAGGCUAAGGGUGAUAUUCCAGGGGUUAGAUUCAAGGUUGUUAAAGUCUCUGGUGUCUCCUUGUUGGCUUUAUGGAAAGAAAAGAAAGAAAAGCCAAGAUCUUAG